CUUGGCCAAUCAAUAGUAACCAUUCAAUAUUUUAAGAUCCUCAUCUCCUCCGUCUUCCCUGCGCUAUACGACAAAUUCUCACAGACAUAAAACGGCAUGCCAUCCUUCAAUUCCAAAAGUUUUAUUCCGGCGAUUCCUCUCUCUCUCUCUCUCGCGCGCGCGCGCUUGGCUCAAGUUUGCUAAAUUAGGUGGUGUUGAGGAAUAUAAUAGGGGCCAUGCCAAACCUAGAAUCAACCCUCCCGCCUGGCUUCCGUUUCCAUCCGACCGAUGAAGAACUGAUCCUCCAUUAUCUCAGAAACAAGGCAACCUCGUCUCUGUACCCAGUGUCGCUCAUCGCUGAAGUUGAUAUCUACAAGUUUGAUCCAUGGGAUUUACCAGCUAAAGCGGCUUUUGGUGAUAAAGAGUGGUACUUCUUUAGCCCAAGGGAUCGCAAGUACCCCAACGGUGCAAGGCCAAACCGAGCAGCAGCGUCGGGAUACUGGAAAGCAACCGGAACAGAUAAACCGAUAGUAGCGAUUUCACGGAGUGGACGGAAGGAAAAUAUAGGUGUGAAGAAGGCGCUUGUUUUCUACAAAGGUCGACCUCCCAAGGGCAUCAAGACCAAUUGGAUCAUGCAUGAAUAUCGGCUUGCAGCAGCAGAAAUUCAUCCCAACAACUACAACAACAACCCCACCAAGCUCAUCAAACACUCAUCUAUGAGGUUAGACGAUUGGGUACUCUGCCGAAUCUACAAUAAGUCCAACAGUCCCUCAAACACAUCAAGGAUCGGGGAUGGAGAAGAAGAGAACAUUUUGAUAAAGGACCUCCUGAUCUUACCAAGCUUGCCAAACCAUGAAAGCAAAAACACUAUCAGCAGCAACCCCCUGAGGUCGUCCUCCUCCAACUUGCUGGAAGAUAUGGAUUACUCUUUCUUGAAUUGCCUCCUAUCCGACAAUUCAUCUGAAUUGAAUGGCUCAGAACAUUGUCCGGUUCUCGAUCAUGGCAACCCAGCUGCAGCUGGUAUCCUGCCCUUGAACAAUAAUACCAACAAUUGUGGCAACCACCAGCACCAAAAGCUUCCUCAAAUGGAUCCUACUUCUUCACUGAUGGAAAGCAAGAUGAUGCGUCAAUGCUCAGUUGCCAUAAACAUGGACGAUAACAUGUUGUUAUACCCAACAAAGAAACUUGCUGGUGAUCCUUGCAGCUUCGCCAGCAGCACCAACGAACUGGAAUACGCUCGGUAUUACCACUUGCACUGUCAUCAGCAGCCACUAUCCUUGAACCAGCAGCAAUUACUCUUCAGUUCCCAUCUUCAUUCCCAAAGACAAAAGGAAGAUAAAAAGGGAAAACAUGUGAAUUGGAACGUAAACUCAUGUCUUAAUAAUUAAUUACGUACGUAAGUCAUCUUUGUGCAGAAAGAAGAUGUAUUUGUUUCAUACCGGAAGACUGAAUGGUAUCAGAAACAGAAACCAUUUUGAACAAGUGAUCAAAGUAAGGUUUGUUGAUUUAGAAGAUUAGCUUUGUAGUUAAGUAUCUGAUUUGGAACAUUAGAUCUAUUUAUAAAUUGUAUUUUCUUUGCC